AUGUUGAACAGAGUAUGGACAGUGGGUCAGGGAGUAGCUAACAGAGGUGGUGCGCAGAAGCGUCAUGCGAGUUCCGAGCCGUCUGAGCUCGGCAGGCAGCACGGCACCUCCUUCGCCUCGAUUUCCAACGAAGCAGUGAUGACACGACUCAGUUGGACUCGCAGUCAUCCCAGGAUCAAUCUCCUCCUCCGCCAUUACUUUCGAUUCCCUCGCUAUUGUCUCCCUACCCGGACUCGGCUUCUCCUGUCGUCGGAUGAAUCGAAUUGCUGUUCGAUAUCAUCCGGUCCUUCAGAAUCCGAAUUCGAGCCACCGACACCGGCCGAAAGCGUGAAGACGGCGAGGUCACGAAGCCACGAUCCGGCCAAUGCAGCGUCAGUCCUGCGACGUCCAAGCCGAAUCGAACACUUGUCCGAGCUGUUCAGAUUUCAUCAGCUGAAGCAAAUCUGCGCUUCCAUCCUCCGGGCCUGGACUCGCUCCACUGUCAGCUGGAUUCUGACAGUGUUUUACAUUGGAGAUAAGAUCCACAUUCACAGAAACAACUGUGAAGAAACGUCGCUCAAGGAGUCGAUCGACAGUCUCAGUAUGCAUCAUUGGGUGCAUAAGUGGCGUCAUGAGGGUCGGUGCAGUCGAUGCGGCAAAUCAUUCCAGCAGAAAAUGUUCAAUUUUCAACAAAAGGAAAAGGAGACGAUGGCCGUUGCCUGUUCUUGGUGCAAGGAAUCGUACCACUUGAAGCAUUGCUUUAACCGCGAAAAACUUGAAGAAAGGUGCCAUCGUGGGCAAUUACGGGAAUUGGUGGUGCCGCCGAAUUGGAUUCUUCGCCUACCUAACCGUCAUCGGACCAAACACAAACAGGUCCCGGCAAACAGGCAGAGCAGGAAACCCACACGUCAAUUUGUUGUGAAGCCAAAUGAUUGGUCAGGAGGUCCGUCGCAGCCCUAUUGUAUUUGGUUCAAUCAAUCGGGAGGGCCAGGAUCAGAUCUAUUUACGGUUCUAAAGCUCUGCACACUUUGUGCUGGCUGCUCAAUCCACGACAAGUCUUUGAUAUCACUAGCCUCAAAGGACCAAAAUUCGGGUAAAUUAGAAGUCUAUCGAAAAUUAGUCACGCAACUACGGAUUCUUGUUUGUGGAGGUGAUGGAACUGUGGGAUGGGUACUACAAACGCUGGACAACCUGAACUGGCCUGCCUAUCCACCGAUGGCGAUCAUGCCUCUUGGGACUGGCAACGAUCUCUCUCGGUGCAUGGGAUGGGGCGGAACAUUUUCGGACGAGCCGCUCAGUCAACUUCUACAGGCAAUCUUUCACGAAACAACAGUGACACAUCUUGAUCGACUCAAGACACUUCUCCCGGUCCCUGCGUCUUCUCGGGCUUAUGGCGAAUUCACGUGUCACCCUAAUGAGAUUUGCGUGGUGGACACGUCCGAUGAGCUCAGCGAUGCCGUGCAGUCGUCACUGCCACUCACCGUCAUGAACAAUUAUUUCUCUAUUGGAGCUGAUGCCCACGUCGCUUUACAAUUCCACCACAGUCGAAGU